AGCAGGCGUCACUUAUCAGUCAGAAAAUGAACAUUGCCACCCUGAACAACAGCGAAGACUGCUAGCAGGGAGGACGCGCAUCCUCGGAGUGGUCAAUGUGUACUUUGAAAACUCCCGGGUAUGGUGAUUGCCAAAUCUGUGGUCAGAGAGGACAUGGUAUACACUUUGGUGUGCUUGCUUGCAGAGCAUGCGCUGCAUUUUUUAGACGUACCGUGGUGAUGAAGCGACCCUACACAUGCAGGAGAGCAGAUGAGUCAUGCCAAAUCUCUAAAGAUGAACGAUAUCUGUGCAGGCUCUGUAGAUACAAGAAAUGCUUGAAACUUGGAAUGACACCAGAGAAUGUACAACUCAACAGAGAUGUGCUAUCAACUACAGUGGGAAAACGAAUCUCAAGAAAAAGCAGGGGGCAUGCAGAAGGAGCAUCACAAUCCGAAGAGAAAAACGUAAAAUCAACACUUAAUAAUAUGCGAAAGGAUGGAUUGACCAAGGGCGACAAUUUUUCAAUAUGGGUGAAGAAAACAGGACAACCUCGCAUGUUACUCGAUGUCUCUCCUAUUAUGGAAAAGCUAAUGAAAACAUUGAUGGAGUCCCGACCAGACGAAGAUCUUCCCAGCGGACCGCCAGAUCGGAUGCACAUUGCUUUGCUCAAAAUUCGAGAGCACCAGUUAGCGGAACCCAACUUGAAACUUGUGACAACUGUUUCAUUUGAGCAAAUGAUGAAAGGAUGGGAAGAGCAAAUCUGUACAAUGGGAAAAUGGCUGAUGAAUAGCGAUGAGUUCGCGCAGCUCCCGAUGAAGGAAAAGAUGACGAUGAUCAAAACAUCAUGGAUGAUUUGGCAGCAGUUUGAACGGUUGUCAAUAUCAAUAGAGCUAUUUGGAUGGAGAACAGUUACUGAGAGGUUAUUGGCAGUCUCGUCUCAGAACGUAAUGGUGCAUGACAAAACCAUGCAAUUUGACUUGUCUCCACUGACUGAUUACGAUCCAUCGUAUGUAAGAAGUUUGUUUGAGCCUUUUGCUGGACGUGUUGUUGAGGAAGUUACGAAAUCCUGCUUGGAAAUGGGUAUCACAACAAUAGAGGUUGCUUAUAUACUGUGCGCUUUGGUGUGGCAUGUUGAAGGCAGAUCCGUGGCACCUGAAACUUUGCUAAUAGCUGAGUCGUACACGGAAAGCAUAUCUGAUAACUUACAUAGCUACUACACUAAUACAAGGCGAAUGCCGAAUUACGCUGCUCGUCUCAUCAAAAUCAUGUCAAUAGUGGAUUGCAUAGAAAAAAUCUAUCACGAGAGAUCAAAAGUGACGGAGUUGGCACAUAUCUUUGACAUAUUCAAGACCGACGUUUCAGAAAAAGGGAUAUUUUCUUAACUUCGGAAUACCAUUGUACGUACUUAUGCUUAUCAUCUGCUUGGUCACAGCUACAAUGAAAUCU